AUGAGAAAAAGUGGAUCACUAGGAAACGACGAAAAAAGCCCUUUUGCCCCGUCAACCUCCUUUGAAUUUCGUUUCUUUCUCCGCAAGACGAUGGUUGAUCAUCCAUCGAGUCUCCAAUCUCUGGAAAAACCGAAUUGACUUUUUCUCAAUUCACAGAAAAUGAACGCCGUGGGUAGGAUCGGGAGCUACAUCUACCGAGGCGUAGGCACGGUCUCAGGUCCGUUCCACCCCUUCGGCGGCGCGAUCGACAUCAUCGUCGUCCAGCAGCCCGACGGCUCGUUCAAAUCCUCCCCCUGGUACGUCCGAUUCGGCAAAUUCCAAGGGGUUUUGAAGAACAAACGCAACCUCAUCAAGAUCGAGGUCAAUGGCGUCGAAUCGCCUUUCAACAUGUACUUGGCUCACACAGGCCAAGCCUAUUUCCUCCGAGAGUCCGAUGACGUCAUCGGAGACUCCGAGACCGCCGAGGUUUACAAUUUAUCUUCCGGCGACGAAGCCGAUGGUGAUGACGGUGAUGAUGAUGAUAAGGUUAAGUUGCCGUUGAAGUCUAAGAGCUGUAACUAUGAUUGUCCUAGUAAGCCUGGGAUUCUAGGGUUUGUGUUUGGUGGUAGAUCGGUUAGGGAGAGUAAGGUGGAGGAUGGUGUUGUUGGAAGCGAGGAGAAGAUGGUGGAUAGUGAUUUGAUAUUGGAGACUCCUCUUGUUGCGUCUCCUACGUUGCGGUAUCUUGAUGAGAAAGAGCAGGACUUUCGUGAGAGUAACAAUGUGGAUGAUUACUGUGAAGAGAAUGCUAUUCUUGUUGAUAAUGGGUCGACUAGUACUGUGUUCUCUAUUGCUAGUGAAGUGAGUGGGGAAGUAGAUGUCUGUGUGGAAUCAGCCGAGCCUCGAGCACAGGAUUCUAAGCAAGAAAUGUUAGCUGUUCCUGAAUCUGUGGAGAAUGUAGCUGAUGACCAAGUGGAUUUAUGGAGCAUUGGCACUUCUCAAGAAGGGAGCAGUACUGGCUCUCUUGUUCAAGAUGAGAGUAAAACCACCACGGGAGAGUCUCAGUCAACAAGUGCUGCAAGCGUUAUGCAACCAGAGAUGGAAGAGGAGCAAUUUUCAUUUAGUGAUCUUGACGACUGUAAACCUGCUGAGAGUAGUUCUGGAGGGUCGAAUUCUCCUCAUACAGUAAAAGUUGAUGGGAAAGAGGACUCAAAGGUCUUGUCAGAGGCGGUUGACAUAGAGAGGAAAAAUGAUGUCUCUGGAGAAGAGGUUGACCGGUUGGUUGAAUCAUUACCGAUUAUGCGGCUUCACGACAAUGAUGAUAUGGAUGCCAGUCCUUGUCAGCCUAUGAGCCAGUCAUUUGACCCAUCUUCCAAUACUUCCAAGUGGGAUUUGAGAGAAGAUGAGUCGUCCUCGAGGGGUUUAGAUGCAGAAAGCGUUGCUGAGAGUAGCCCAAACUUUAAGGCGUUCACACAUGUUAUCGCUAAUCCUGAUGUGGUCGAGCUCUCUUUCUGCAAGCACUUAUUACGUGAAGGAAUGGGAGCAGAAGCGGCUUCUCAAGCCUUCAAUUCAGAAAAACUGGAUAUGGAAACGUUUGCUUCCUUGGGCCCAUCGGUGUUGGAGAAUGAUAAGCUUAUAUUGAAGAUUGGUGGCUGCUAUUUUCCAUGGGAAGCAGCAGCUCCUAUUAUCUUAGGAGUGGUUUCAUUUGGGACUGCCCAAGUAUUUGAGCCCAAGGGGAUGAUAACUGUUGACCGGAAUGAGAAACCUGGUGAUGCAUCAACUCCGGAGGGUGGAAGCUGGAAGCUUUGGCCUUUCUCUCUGAGAAAAUCAAAGAACGAUACUGAAGUUUCUUCUAAAGACGCUGGUGAACCUGAGGAGAAACAACAAGAGAAGCCGCUGCAAAGACCAGUUAAAAAGAUGGUCAGGGCAUUAGCUCCAACUUCUGAACAAUUGGCUUCUCUAGACCUGAAAGAAGGAAUGAAUACUGUGAAUUUCACUUUCUCCACCAAUAUUGUAGACGCGAGGAUUUACUUAUGGAAAUGGAAUGCUCGGAUAGUUAUCUCAGAUGUAGAUGGUACCAUCACAAGAUCGGAUGUCUUAGGCCAGUUUAUGCCUUUGGUUGGAAUAGAUUGGUCGCAAACAGGUGUUACACACUUGUUUUCUGCUGUUAAGGAAAACGGAUAUCAGUUGAUGUUUUUAAGUGCACGAGCGAUUUCUCAGGCCUCAAUCACAAGACAGUUUCUAGUUAAUCUCAAGCAGGAUGGGAAAGCAUUGCCGGAUGGGCCUGUUGUUAUAUCUCCUGAUGGCGUCUUUCCUUCUUUGUAUCGUGAAGUAAUUAGAAGAGCACCUCAUGAAUUCAAGAUUUCUUGCUUGGCGGAGAUACGAGCGUUGUUUCCUCCUGAACACAACCCUUUCUAUGCUGGUUUUGGAAACAGAAAUACGGAUGAGAUAAGCUACCUUGAAGUCGGAAUCCCCCGGGGAAAGAUCUUCACUAUUAACCCCAAGGGGCAAGUAGCUGUGAAUCGUAGGGUGGAUACAAGGUCAUACACAAAUCUUCAUGCUCUUGUCAAUGGAAUGUUCCCAGCUACGACCACCUCCUCAGAACGGGAGGACUUUAACACAUGGAAUUUCUGGAAACUGCCUCCUCCAUCGUUUAUGUGAUGAUGAUAAUGAUGAGGAUUGUGUUGAAGAAAAUAGAGAUUAGCUGAUAGAGAUAACAAAUGGUGGCCCAUUAUUGAUCAUAUCCAUCUUCUUUUAAAGGACACGGUAAUUUUGGUUCUUUGCUUUUUUGUCACACUGGUUUCAUAUCACAGGUUUACGAUGUAUGCGCAGUUAUAUUUGUAUAUAAAUAUAUUUAAAAUGUAGACAGUGUUAUUGGAAACAUUUUGAAAUUUAGAAGAACAAUAAAUAUACAUUUACACAAA